CUUAGUCUGUGUGUCGACUCUGUUUGUUUUUAGACUGCAUUUUCACCAUCUACGGUGAUCGAAUACUGCUGCUGCCCCUCCAAGAUAUCUCCUCAUGUUGACGAAAGGAAUCAAGGCAAUCUAUACCAACCACCGCGUGUUCUCAGCCGCUGGGCAGCUCAUGUUCCUCUGCGACGAUCGCAAGCUCAACUGGUACCUCAAGCGCUCCUUGGCCGUCGAGCUCAAUCCCAACGUUGCCGAAGGUGACGAGGCCGCCGCUGCACGCCCGUUGCAGCCUGCCGCCUUGGAAUCAAGUCCAGCAGCACUGCUCAAUGCCACUGCCGCGGGAGCUGCUGCGGCCGGGACUGCCGGCCCGCGAGCGAUUCGGCUCACAUUCACUCCAAAGGGACUUGGUCGCGUCAACGAUCCAUUCUACCUGCAGGCCCUGCCAAACCGGUGUUUUGUGUGUGGCGCGUUCGAUCGCCAUGUAGCGCGCGCCGUCCGCGAAGCUGAAACACCGGCAGCGUCGCAGAGCGGUCUUGCCUCAGGGGACAACUCAGACCCGCCGCCAGCGACCAUCUACCGCUGCCACGUCGUUCCGUCGCUGUACCGCCGUCAUUUUCCACGCAUCUACAAGUCUCAUGCUGCACAUGACGUUCUAAGGCUGUGCGGCGCUUGUAUUCGACGGUUGGAUCCCGUUCGCGCAGCAGUCAUGAAACAGCUCGCCAAGGAGUUUGGCGUGCCCGUCGAUACCUCGCCACCGCUGACAGAAUAUGAACAGCGUGUCGAGCGCAUUGCCCGACUGGGAUCGGCUCUCAAUGGUCACUCACACAACAUGCCGCCGGCACGAGUUGAACUUUUGACGACGGAGCUGCUGGGUCAUGUCGCCUUUACACAGCUUGCUGCAACCAAAGAAGGUGAUGCGGAUCUUCUGCCUUCAUGGUGGUCAACAUCGUCCGAAGUAUUGGAACACCUGCAGCAAGUCGUGGAUGUGGCCAAUUCCAUUUUGAGCAAAAGCAAAUCGGCGCGCAAGGUUCGACUUCGUGACGGUCGCCGUGAACAUCCUGAAGACGCUCGUGAGCGGUUGGGACGGAAGGCCGCUCGUGAAAAGGAGCUGGCCGACUCUACCGUUUCUGACGCGUCACGACCAAAUCUGAGCAAAGGAGAAGGUGCACCGCACUCCGGUCGUCUGGAUGGCGAUAGUGGCAAGGACAAUGGCGCCAUCCGUGCCAAUGAUGACGACGACGAUGACGAUGACGAUGACAACAACAACGACAAUGAUGAUGAGGAUGAUGAUGAUGAUGAUGAUGAUGAAGCGGAUCAUGGUCGUUUAGUUGUUGCUCGACUUUCGACCGAUGCCGCUCUGCUCGACUUUGUUCGUCGAUGGCGUCGAGCAUUCGUUCAGUCGUUGCGCCCACAGCACUUGCCAGCACACUGGUCGAUCGAUCGCAGUUUAGACAUGCGGUGAUUGCGACUUUUUUUUUUUUUUUUUUUUUUUGGUUUUGUAUUUUGAUGAGGAGGAGCGGGUCAAGAUCUCCGCGCUCGUUGAUGAUGGCAAUGUCAACCCUUGUCUGUCUGACACGAGUCUUUUUAACUGCGACAUUGUUUGGCAGUGAUUCACAGUGCACCUACGAUUGUUCAAUCAGCAACUGCCGAUUAAAGCUUCUUGCUGUUUUAUUUUCCAACCAUCCCCGCCUCUUCCGCUCUGUCUGUACCCUAGUCCAUAUCAAACAAGU